GGCUGUCAAUCAGAAAGCCCUUUUCUUUGCUGGAGAAGAGGACAAAGAUACUCAGAGUGCAAAAGUAAGCAGGGAGGAAGGAGCGCAGAGCAGCCGCUUCUUCCCGCUGAGCCAAGGCAGCCCCGAGGGCAGAGAAGCAGCCGUCGCGGCCGAGUCCCGAGUCCGGAGCCAUGGGCUUGUUAGAGUGUUGUGCGAGAUGUAUGGUCGGGGCACCCUUUGCUUCCCUGGUGGCCACGGGGCUGUGUUUCUUUGGGGUUGCCCUGUUCUGUGGCUGUGGACAUGAAGCACUGACCGGCACAGAGAAGUUGAUCGAGACCUACUUUUCCAAAAACUACCAAGACUAUGAGUAUCUCAUGAAUGUGAUCCACGCCUUCCAGUAUGUCAUUUACGGCACCGCCUCUUUCUUCUUCCUUUAUGGGGCCCUCCUGUUGGCUGAGGGCUUUUACACCACUGGGGCUGUGCGACAGAUUUUUGGCGACUACAAGACCACCAUCUGCGGCAAGGGCCUGAGCGCUACGGUAACAGGGGGCCCGAAGGGGAGGGGUUCCAGAGGCCAACAUCAAGCUCACUCUUUGGACAGGGUGUGUCAUUGUUUGGGAAAAUGGCUAGGACAUCCCGACAAGUUCGUGGGCAUCACCUAUGCCCUGACAAUUGUCUGGCUGCUGGUGUUUGCCUGCUCCGCCGUGCCCGUCUACAUAUACUUCAACACCUGGACAACCUGCCAAUCUAUUGCCUUCCCCAGCAAGACCUCAGCCAGCAUAGGCAGUCUCUGUGCUGAUGCCAGGAUGUAUGGUGUCCUCCCCUGGAACGCUUUCCCCGGAAAGGUGUGCGGCUCCAACCUUCUGUCCAUCUGUAAAACUGCGGAGUUCCAAAUGACCUUCCACCUGUUUAUUGCGGCCUUCAUCGGGGCUGCAGCCACCCUGGUUUCCCUGCUCACUUUCAUGAUCGCUGCCACAUACAACUUUGCUGUCCUGAAACUCAUGGGCCGAGGCACCAAGUUCUAAUGUCCAGGCCUGCACUUCCCCGUAGUCCCCUUUCUUUCUCUAACAGCCGGGCUCUAACCACACAGCCAGGCAAUGCAGCAUCUCCCAUCUUAACUCUCUGCCUUCAGCGCUGACUGGCCCUCCUCAUAAUCAACAAGUAUAACAAGAAAGGAGAGACUCGAUGCUGGAGGCCAUUUUCUGUCCUCUCCCUUCUGUACCUCUUUUAAGCAUUUGGGGCUUUCCAAAUCUUCCUGCUAGAAAUGGGAAAUGGCAAAGAAAGGGACUUCCUGUCACAAAGAAAUGUUCAACUUUGAAGCAUCUCCCAAGGACCAGAUGGUGCCUUUGAAUCACCAAGGCCCUUCCAUUGAUGGAGAGAGAGAGAGGGAGGGAGAGAGAGGGAGAGAGAGGGAGAGAGAGAGAGGGAGAGAGAGAGAGCGAGAGAGAGAGAGUGAGAGAGAGCACUUUCUCAUCACCCUAUAUAGGGGCUAGUGAUCUCCUCAUUCAGGAUAAUGGAGCACUCUCUCCUCUUCUUACUACCAUUUGAGAAGGGAGGAUUGCCCCUGUAAACAUGAAAAUCUGCUCAAAUCUGCGCAGCGCAGCUGGGAGAAGAGGGUCAGAGCAAGGACCUUUCAGCGAUGAAAGGAGAGCAUUGACCCUGGUAUGAUAGAAUAUUUAAGCCUUAACUCAUCCCACCCCACUUACGGCAUCCGUGUAGACGAGGGGCCCGUCGGCCUUGCACACUGCUAGGGAACCAGCCACUUUAAGCUCUUCGCCUCUUAUCACUAAAUAACCGUGAUAAUAGAAUAGCUCCCAAGGCAAGCCUGUAGUUUCCAAGGAGUAAGAGAGGAACGCCAGUUUGCAUGAGAGAGAGUGAUCCAGAGAGAGCAACGGACUGACGGUAUAACCUAAGAUGUCCCUCUUAUAGACCCAGGCUGACUCUUUGGAUUCCGUGCCUCUGCAUGCCUCCCCACCCCCUUGCCCAUUAACCAGCCGUGUGCAACACCCUCCACUUGGUCAUACCUUCACAAUGGUGCUCUUUCCCUGGGAUGGUGUGUGUCUAGUGACCCAUCGGUGGCUUGAGGAUCUUGAUUUGGUUCCGGCCAGAGGAAAUGUCACAUUUCCCAUUUUUUUCCUCAUUUUUUACACUUCUGACCUUACACCUGAAAGAGCUGCAGAAUAAUUGACGAGUAAGGGGGUUUUUCUUUGACGGGAAAAGGGACGGAAACCAUCCCGAGUACGAUUGAAUUAUGGCCAUCUCUGUGCAAAAGGGAAGGCUACAGGCAGGGCUUUUGAGUAGGAGCAUCGCUAAGCUGCCCUUCCGCGGUGUGCAAAGGCAACCUCCAUUUGCAGAAUCAACUUGUUCAUUCUUUCUAGCCGGGGAGGGAAGGUGUGAUUUAGUACUGUCCUAAGGUGUUUGAGAGAGGGAGGAAGAAGGAAGUGGGGAAGAGAAAAAGAUGGCUUAACAGAAGGGCAGACUCUCCCUGUCACAUGAAAUACCUUUCUAAAGGCAAAAGGGCAACAUCUGGAAACAUCUGGAAGCCAGGCAGCCAGCUCGGGCAUAUUGGGCCCUUCUCUCUUUCUUGGUCUACUUGGAUUUGGGGUUUUUGAUGCAGGACUGUAGCUCUCAGUGUGAGAUUUCUUCCUUCCUUCCUUUUUUUUCUUUUUUUGUUUCAAAGUAGCUUCGGCAGCAUUUAUGGAUAUAUGAGAUCUCUUCAAAAGGACAAAAUAUUUCUUCAAACCAGAUUAGAUAAGCUGUGUGGGGGAGGGGAGGGAAAAGAUUUAGUAAGAAACCAAUCAAGAUAAGGAAAGUAAAAGUAGUCUAGGCCUUGAGUUUUCUUUUGAUUUAACUUAAUAACCAACCUUUCCUCAACUUCCCUCAUAUGUAUACACCCCCCCACACACAUUUAUAUAUCCCCACACAGUAUUUAAUCAACUGAAAGUAUCUUCUUCAUUGCUGAUUUAAAAUUUCAACUUUAACAUAUAUAAAGG